ACUCCCCUCGUUUAAUGUUGUUAUCCAAACAGGAGAGAGGAGAAACCUCUCCGUCACUCUCCUUCCCUUCCCCCUGAACUCCCUCAAUCCAAACAAAGGCUCAGUGCACGCCAUUUCUAGUUGCAACAGAAAACUAAACAUGCUCUUUGCAGCCCCCGAUUGCUUCCUCUCUUCUUCUUCUUCAUCAUCUUUGUUCAGAAAACCCAAGGCCAUUCUCUUGAAGGGAACGAAUGUAAACUCAGCGAGUCGAACUCGGCUGACUCGACUCUGCAGAGCGAGUCUAAUCACCAACCCUGACUCGUUCGAUGUGGGGCGACUCAUCGGUAGCUAUGGAUUCAUGAAUGUUACAAGCUACUCGGGGUUUCAGUCAGUGGCAGAUCUUGAAUUUUCUCCUCCGGGACCAUUAAGAGUUCAAGAUGUUGGAGAAGACAGUGUAAAAAUCAGCAGUCCAUCUGCAGGCCUUUUGAAGGAAGAAUAGCUCAGGGCCUGCUUAAGGGAGGAUCUUUAAGACAUACAACUGGAUGAAUCCUCUUAGUUGAGACUAUAUAUAUCUGAAAAGAGAAAAGGUAAUCCUUUAUUAUAUUCAAUGUAUUGAGAGAGUUGCAAAUGGCCAAAAAUAAAAAUAGAGUUGCUUG